ACUCGCGCAAACAUGGAUGAGAUUGCAAAGGAAUACGAUGUCAUCGUGCUGGGCACCGGCCUGACUGAGUGUAUUCUCUCUGGUGUUCUCAGUGUCAAGGGCAAGAAGGUCCUCCACAUUGACCGUAACGACCACUACGGCGGUGAGGCAGCUUCCGUGAACCUCGAGACGCUCUUCAAGAAGUAUGGCAACUACAACAAGGGCGAGGAGCCCUGGACCAAGUACGGCCGCCUGAAUGACUGGAACAUCGACCUGGUUCCCAAGUUCCUCAUGUCCUCCGGCGAGCUCACCAACAUCCUCGUAUCGACCGACGUCACACGAUACCUCGAGUUCAAGCAGGUCGCCGGCAGCUACGUCCAGCAAGGCCAGGGUGCCAAGGCCCAAGUUGCCAAGGUUCCGUCCGAUGCCGGCGAGGCUCUGCGAUCGCCCUUGAUGGGCAUCUUCGAGAAGCGCCGCAUGAAGAGCUUCAUCGAGUGGAUUGGCACCUUUGACCGCAAGGACACCGCCACGCACAAGGGCCUCGACAUCAACAACUGCGCCAUGAAAGAGGUCUACGACAAGUUCGGACUCGAGACUGGCACUCGCGACUUCAUCGGCCACGCCAUGGCCCUCUUCACCACAGACGAGUACCUCACCAAGCCCGGUGGCGCCCCGGAGGCCAUUGAGCGCAUCCGCCUCUACGGCACCUCCGUUGCCCGCUACGGCAAGUCUCCUUACAUCUACCCUCUGUACGGUCUUGGCGAGCUUCCUCAGGGAUUCGCUCGUCUGUCUGCCAUCUACGGCGGUACCUACAUGCUCAACACCAACGUCGACGAGGUCACCUACGAGGGCGGCAAGGCCGUCGGUAUCAAGGCCACCAUGACCGGUGUCGAGGAGAUGAAGUUCGAGACCAAGGCCAAGAUGAUUCUCGGUGACCCCAGCUACUUCCCCGGCAAGGUUAAGCCUAUUGGCCAGGUCCUGCGUGCCAUUUGCGUGCUCAAGCACCCUCUCAGCCACACCAACGACAGCGACUCUUGCCAGCUCAUCAUUCCCCAGUCCCAGAUUGGCCGCAAGAACGAUAUUUACAUUGCUUGCGUGUCUUCUGCCCACAACGUCUGCCCCAAGGGCUACUGGAUCGCCAUCGUCUCAACCAUUGCCGAGACCGGCGCCAACCACCACCUCGAGCUCCAGCCCGGCUUGGACCGUCUGGGACAGAUCGAGGAGCAGUUCAUGGGUGCUCCCAUCCCCAUCUACGAGCCCACAGACGACGGCCGUGCCGACAACGUCUUCGUCUCCAAGAGCUACGACGCCAGCAGUCACUUUGAGAGCACGACCGACGACGUCAAGGACAUCUACCGCCGCGCCACUGGCGAGGAGCUCGUUGUUGAGGGUCUUAGAGAGGGUCUGCAGGUUGCGGAUGAGCAGUAA